CAUCUCCAACAAGCAGCUCUCAGAGCUGAUCGAGCAGCUGCAGAAAAAUGCGGACCAGGUGGAGAAGAACAUCCUGGACACCGAGGCCAAGAUGCAGAGCGACGUGGCACGGCUGCAGGAGGGGCGGCCGCCCGAGCACCGGGAUGUGGUGCUGCAGAAGACGUCGGACUCGGAGAAGCUGCUGUAUGUGCUGGAGGCAGACGCAGCCAUUGCCAAGCACAUGAAGCACCCACAGGGGGACAUGAUUACUGAGGACAUCCGCCAGCUGAAGGAGCGAGUGACAAACCUCCGUGCCAAGCACAAACACGUCUACAGCCUGGAGGUGAAGGAGGUCAACCCGCCCGUCAACUGGGCCACACUGGUGGAGGAGAAGCUGGACAAGCUGAGUGGCCAGAGCUUUGGGACAGACCUGCCACUGGUGGACAGCCAGGUGGAACAACACAACAUCUUCCACAACGAGGUCAAAGCCAUCGGGUCCCAUCUGGCCAAGGAUGGGGACAAGGAGCAGAACAGUGAGCUCCAGGCCAAGUACCAGAAGCUGCUGGCUGCAUCCCAGGCACGGCAGCAGCACCUGAGCUCCCUCCAGGACUACAUGCAACGCUGCACCAACGAGCUGUACUGGCUCGACCAGCAGGCCAGGGGCCGCAUGCAGUACGACUGGAGCGACCGCAACCUCGACUUCCCCAGCCGCCGGCGCCAGUACGAGAAUUUCAUCAACCGCAAUCUGGAGGCCAAAGAAGAGAGAAUCAACAAACUGCACAGCGAGGGCGACCAGCUGCUGGCUGCUGAGCACCCGGGGAGGAACUCCAUUGAGGCGCACAUGGAGGCUGUGCACGCAGACUGGAAGGAGUACCUGAACCUGCUGAUCUGUGAGGAGAGUCAUCUGAAGUACAUGGAGGACUACCACCAGUUCCAUAAAGAUGUAAAGGACGCUCAGGAGCUACUGCGCAAGGUGGACUCGGACCUGAACCACAAAUACAGCCCGGACUUCAAGGACCGCUACCAGAUUGAGCUGCUGCUGCGGGAGCUGGACGACCAGGAGAAGGCUCUGGACAAGUAUGAGGACGUAGUGCGGGGACUGCAGAGGCGUGGGCAGCAGGUGGUGCCCCUCAAGUUCCGCCGGGAGACACCGCUCAAACCCAUCCCCGUGGAGGCGCUCUGUGACUUUGAGGGUGACCAGGGCCUCAUCUCUCGGGGCUACAGCUACACCCUGCAGAAGAACAAUGGGGACACCUGGGAGCUCACUGACAGCACUGGGAACAAGCUCACCGCCCCGGCUGUCUGCUUCAUCAUCCCCCCCACGGACCCAGAGGCCCUGGCUCUGGCUGACAGCCUGAGCAGCCAGUACCGGAGUGUGCGACAAAAGGCAGCUGGUAGCAAACACACACUGCAGCAGCGGCACGAGGUGCUGAGGACGGAGAACCCUGGAGAUGCUUCCGACCUGCAGGGGCGGCAGCUGCUGGCCAGCUUGGACAAGGUGGCUAGCGACCUGGACAAACAGGAGAAGGUGAUCACGGGGAUCCUACGGCCACCACUGGAGCAGGGCCGGGCCGUCCAGGACAGUGCCCAGCGGGCCAAGGACCUCAAGAACAUCACCAACGAGCUUCUGCAGAUCGAGCCCGAGAAGACACAGAGCACAGCUGAGUGCGAGGCCUUCAUCCAGGCUCUCCCGGCCAGUGGCACAGCACCUUUGCUGAGGAGCCGAGUGGAGAACACCAACCGGAAAUACGAGCGCCUGGUGCAGCUGCUGGACUCAGCCCAGGAGAAGGUGGACGUGGCCAACCGCCUGGAGAAAAGCCUGCAGCAGGGUUGGGAGCUGCUGGCCUUGCAUGAGAACCGGCUGAUCCAGGAUGACACAGUGCCUGAGAGUGGCCAUAUCUUGGACAGCAAGAGGCAGGAGCUGGAGGCCAUGGCGUCUGAGCUGCAGGCCCAGAAGUCCCUCCUGGGUGAGGUGGAGCAGAACCUGCAGGCAGCCAAGGAAUGCUCGAGCUCACUGGCCAGCCGCUUCCAGGAGCACUGCCCCGACCUGGAGCGCCAGGAGGCUGAGGUGCACAAGCUGAGCCAGCGCUUCGACAACCUGUGCCAGCAGGUGGAGCGCAGGGGCCAGAGCCUGCAGAGUGCCAGGGCUGCCUACGAUGAGUACCGCCAUGGCUACAACCAUGUGUUCCAGUUCUUGUCCAACACCCCCAGCUAUGAGCCUGAGGAGACAGACAGCCUCAACCAGGUGGAGACCAAGCUGAAGAACCAGAAGAACCUGCUGGAUGAGAUAGCAAAUAGGGAACAGGAAGUACAGACGGUCUACACCAGUUCCCAGCAGUACCAGCAAGCUGUGAAGGACUAUGAGCUAGAAGCAGAGAAGCUACGGUCCCUUCUCGACUUGGAGAAUGGAAGGAACAGCCACGCAAGCAAGAGAGCCAGGCUGCAGUCGCCUGCUGCCAAAGUGAAGGAGGAGGAGGCGGCUCUCACUGCCAAGUUCACGGAAGUUAACGCCAUCAACAGACAGAGGCUGCAGAAUCUGGAGUUUGCACUGCAUCUCCUGAGACAGCAGCCAGAAGCAGAAGUGACUAGGGAGACCCUGCAAGGGAGCAGGCCAGGCUCUGGAGUGGAGGAGGCGUGGAAGAUCAAGAGGGAACUGGAGGAGGAGACUGAGCGGAGGCAGCAGCUGGAGAAUGAGGUCAGGAGUGCCAAGGAGGAGAUCCGGACCCUGCAGAACCAGGGACCACAGGAGUCACUGGUCCGGAAGGAGGUGCUCAAGAAGGUGCCGGACCCCGAGCUGGAAAAGAGCUUUCAGCAGCUGCAGCAGACUCUGGCUGAGGAGCAGCACAAGAACCAGCUGCUGCAGGAGGAGCUGGAGGCGCUGCAGCUCCGGCUGCGUACCCUGGAGCAGGAGACCAGGGACGGGGGGCAGGAGUAUGUGGUCAAGGAGGUCCUGCGCAUCGAGCCCGACAGGGCACAGGCUGACGAGGUCCUGCAGCUGCGAGAAGAACUGGAGGCGCUGCGGCGGCAGAAAGGUGCCCGGGAGGCCGAGGUGCUCCUCCUGCAGCAGCGUGUGGCAGCCCUGGCCGCUGAGAAGAGCCGCGCCCAGGAGAAGGUCACAGAGAAGGAGGUGGUGAAACUGCAGAACGACCCCCAGCUGGAGGCGGAACACCGGCAGCUGCAGGAGGAGCACCAGCGGGAAGGCCAGCUCCAGGAGAAGCAGGAGGAGGAGCUGAGCUUCCUGCAGGCCAAACUCCGGAGGCUGGAGAAGGAGCGAGCCAUGGCUGAGGGUAAGAUCAUGGUUAAGGAGGUGCUCAAGGUGGAGAAGGAUCCAGCUGCUGAGAGGGAGGUCAGCGAUCUCACCCGCCAGUAUGAGGACGAAGCCGCCAAGGCUCGUGCUGGCCAGCGGGAGAAGACGGAGUUGCUCCGAAAGAUCUGGGCCUUGGAGGAGGAGAAUGCCAAAGUGGUGGUCCAGGAGAAAGUCCGGGAGAUCGUGCGGCCUGAUCCCAAGGCUGAGAGCGAAGUGGCCAACCUCCGCCUGGAGCUGGUGGAGCAGGAGCGCAAGUACAGAGGCACUGAGGAGCAGCUCAAGAGCUACCAGAGCGAGCUGGAAGCACUGCAGAGACGCGGUCCACAGGUGGAAGUCAAAGAAGUGACCAAGGAGGUCAUUAAGUACACGACAGACCCCGAGACAGAGAAGGAGCUCCAGCGGCUCAGGGAGGAAAUCGUGGACAAGACCAGACUGAUCGAAAGGUGUGACCUGGAGAUCUACCAGCUGAAGCAGGAGAUCCAGGCCCUGAAAGAUGCCAAGCCACAGGUCCAGACCAGAGAGGUGGUCCAGGAGAUCCUCCAGUUCCAGGAAGACCCCCAAACCAAGGACGAGGUGGAGUCUCUGCGUGCAAGGCUAUUGGAGGAGCAGAAGAAGCAGGUGGACCUGGCAGCAGAGCAGACAGCACAGGAAGAGAAGAUCAGGCGCAAGGAGGAGGAGCUGAAGCAGGGGAGAGAGAGGGUGGUGCACCAGGAGGUGGUGCAGUAUGAGGAGGAGCCAGGCCUGCGGGCCGAGGUGACCGCCUUCACCGACAGCAUCGACGCUGAGCUGCAGCAGAUCGACAAGCUGCGUGCUGAGCUGCGGCGGCUGCAGCGCAGGCGGGCGGAGCUGGAGCGGCAGCUAGAGGAGCUGGAACGCGAGAGGCAGGCACGCAGGGCAGCCGAGCUGGAGGUGCAGCGCUUGCAGCAGCGGCUGGCUGUGCUGGAGCAGGAGGAAGCCAAGGCCGGCAAGAAGGUGACCCACACACAGAAGGUGGUGCUGCAGCAGGACCCGCAGCAGGCCAGGGAGCACGCCCUGCUCCAAGCCCAGCUGGAUGAAGAGCGGCACCGGCGGCAGCUGCUGGAGGGCGAGCUCGAGCCCCUGCGCAGGAAGCUGGCUACCCUGGAGAAGGCGGAGGUCAAGGAGAAGGUGGUCUUCUCUGAGAGCGUCCAGGUGGAGAAGGGCGACACGGAGCAGGAGAUCCAGAAGCUCAAGAAGAGCCUAGAGGAGGAGAGCCGGAGCAAGAGGGAGCUGGAUGCUGAGGUGACUCGGCUGGAGGCCAAAUUGUCAGAACUGGAAUUCUACAACUCCAAGUCGUCCAAGGAACUAGACUUCCUCAGGGAAGAAAACCACAAAUUGCAGCUGGAGCGGCAAAACCUGCAGCUGGAAACCCGCAGGCUCCAAUCAGAAAUCGAAAUAGCUGGGACAGACACCCGAGACCUGCCAAAGAUGAGUGUGGUGGACUCUGGGACCAACCUCGACUCCAGACUGUGGUCCCUGGAGAGGGAGCUGGACGACCUCAAGAGGCUGUCCAAGGACAAGGACCUCGAGAUUGACGAGCUGCAGCGGCGCCUGGGCUCUGUGGCCGUCAAGAGAGAGCAGAGAGAGAACCACCUACGGCGCUCCAUUGUGGUCAUCGACCCCGACACGGGCCGCGAGUUGUCCCCAGAGGAGGCCCGCCGGGGGCUCAUCGACUGGAACAUGUUUGUGAAACUCAGGAGUCAAGAGUGCGACUGGGAGGAGAUAUCAGUCAAGGGUCCCCACGGGGAGUCCUCAGUGAUCCACGAUAGGAAGUCUGGCAGGAAGUUCUCCAUUGAGGAUGCCCUGCGGAACGGCCGGCUGACCCCUGCUCAGUACGACCGCUACGUCAACAAGGAUAUGUCCAUUCAGGAGCUGGCAGUCUUGGUGUCUGGGCAGAAGUAGGCCCGGCCCAGCCCUUCAUGGAGGCAGGCGGCUAGCUUCCUCCUUCCCAGUGACCACCUGAGUGCCUCCGUUCCUGGCCCUUGUGUGAGCUCCUCCUGAGCUGAGCGUUCUGUCCACGCCCCAUCAGGCUGCUCGGAACACAGCUUAUAUGGGUGACACAGGCACAGGCUGAAGACAAGGGGCUCUGUCUCAGUCCCAUUCAGCCUGUGACUGGCUCACUCCCACCUCCAAUGAUUUAAUGACCAAGAUUCCCUUUUUUCUCCCUCACCCGUACACUCCCAUCAACAGAUUCCUUGUGUGAUGGCUACAAACAAUCCGAAAACUACUGCAGCACAAGACGACGCAGCAGACACCCACUCAAGGCACACCAGACCAUGAAACUGAGGGCACAACGCCCCCCUUCCACCCCUCUUGGUUCAUCAAAGGACUGGGCCAUUGCGGCUGAGGAUCUGCAUUCACACCGCUCCAGCUUUCUGGCCGGGAAACCAACCUUCCAUCAGCAAGGCCUCCUCAGCAGCGACUCUGCCCACACGACAUACCCAGCCUCAUGGCCUGCAACUCACUGCUUGGUCUUUGGUGCUAGAGUGGCCACUACCUGUCAGCCAGGCCAUCCCAGGAAGACAGGGCAUCAGGGACUGUUUCAUGAUUCCGAAAUGAUCUCAGUAGCAGGUAUGAGUAGGGUACUGCUGUUAGCCUAGUUUCAGUGCUUCUACAUCUUGCUCAUCGCCUUGGUAUUUAGGUAUAUGAAGCCAUUAUUAUGCUCCAACCGUAUCUCUUGUAUUAUGUAAGAAAAUGGGAGGUAACAGGGAACUUUAUUUAUAGCAUGGAAAUAAAAACCUGGUGGCUUGAUU